AUGCCCCUGACCCUCCUGAGCGCUGUCACUUUACUCGGUCUUGUCAACCCUACUCCUGUUUUCCAUCGCGCAUCGAAGCAAGUGUUUGCUUUGGGUGCCGCCAACCGUCCAACCAAUGUCCACGACGGCGUUGGCGCAGGAUGCGACACCUACAAGACCUAUUCUGGCGAUGGCUCAGCAUCAUCUGGGUGGCCAGACAUGGCGCAAUGGGUCUCGUUUGGAGAUAUGUUCGUUGCGAAUCAAAAUUUGAUGCGUGCGUCGUGUGUCAAUCUAGGUCCAGGCAAUGGGCCCGACAACAGCGACGAGGAAAUCGAGCAGAUCUGGGACGCAGUCCAGUCUGCUUCAACUCAAACCAAUGUGGACCACCGCUUCAUCCUGGCAAUCCUUCUUCAAGAAUCCAGCGGUUGCGUCCGAGUCAGAACGACCGAUAAUGGUGUCCCGAACCCAGGGUUGAUGCAAGCUCACGAUGGCGGCUUCUCUUGUAACACAAAUGGGAACAUACAGACUCCGUGUCCUGCCUCUGAGAUUGAUGGCAUGGUCCUUGAUGGUGUUGCUGGAACUUUGAGUGGGGAUGGCCUCGCUGGCAUACUGAAUCAGGUCGGAGGAGAGGACGCCAGAGCAUACUAUCGUGCUGCCCGACAAUACAACACCGGGUCAAUCGCAGAGGACGGUAACCUGGAUGAGGGGGGAUAUUCUACCGACUGCUAUGCCAGUGACAUUGCGAAUCGACUGACAGGCUGGGUUUGGGCGGAAUCGGGAUGUUCGCAUUGA